AUGACACCCCAACUACUAAAGUUAUAUAACUUUAUCUUCCUGAGUAGCAGUUCAUGGGUAAUGCUUUAAACUGGACAAAACAAGACAAACAAACAAAACCAAGACAUAGAAAUAACAUGUUACUUAGAGAAUUUGCUCUGGAUGUGCUCAGCUGUCUCUGACAAGUCAAGGAAGAAGCUGGAAAUGUGAUGGUCUCUGAGGAGGGAACUCAGUAUUCAGGGUUCAAGAUAAAGUGGGACUUACUUUAGCCCUUGAACACCUUUUUUAAUCCUUGAAUUUUUACUUCUUCAAUGCAUUUCAUUAGGUUUUCCAUGAAAAAGUCAUUCCAACCCCUCAGGAAUGCUGGUCCCAUUUGAACCGUCUGAAAAGCACCUGUGGCUGCGCAAAUAUCAGUUCGCUUCUCUGAAAGGUAUUGUCCAGAUGUUGGAUCUUCCCAUGCCUCUACCGGGCCGUCCUCAUCUCCCCGAGACCUGCUUCCCAGAAGAAGCUCCACCUCUGGCUCCCAGGGCCUGGGGAAAUGGGCGGGUCCAGACCAGUGGCCCCUCCUACAGCGCCCAGGUGCUCUACCCAGUGCACUCCUGCAAUCUCGGGAAGAAGCCGAGGCUGCGGAGUUUGGGAGGCGGAUGGGGAGGGGCUUACCAAAAGCCCUUGAAAUAAGGCCCUGGCCAAGCCACAACUGCCGCAACUGAUACUAACCUUGGCCUUCUUGGUUUGCAGCUUCACGGCCGCUAGCAGCAAGGCCUACUGCAGCAUGGCCACUCCUAAGCGGUUUCCGACGCUCGUACAGCUGGAACAGAGAGAAGGGACGCUAUUCGAGGUGCUCGGUAACCUCACCAAGCGACCCUAUUGGUUCCACUCCGAGUACCUGAAGAGUCCGAAGGCUGUUCACCUCGAGGCGUGGCUGGUGGAGGCGAUCUUCGGUCGGGGAGGAGAGCACAUACCACACGUCGAGUGUGUGUCACAGACCCUGCUUCACGUUAAUCAUUGGGACCCCGAGGGCGAGGCUGAGAUCUUGAUAUUUGGUCGGCCCUAUUACCAGAAAGAUGUAUCCAAGAUGAUCAUGAAUUUGGCUGACUAUCAUCGCCAACUCCGGGCACAAAGCUCAGAGAAGGCCCCUGCCCAGGAUGUAGGGACGCAGCGGUCCCCCGACGCUGUCCCGGAGGCGGGGACCCAGAGCUCUCCAAAGUCUGUCCGGGAGGCGGCGACCCAGCGGUCCGACGACGCAGCUCCGCAGGUGGCGAGCCAGAGCUCUCCGAAGUCUGUUCAGGAGGCGGCGACCCAGAGAUCCCCCCACGCUACCCGAGAGGUGCCGACCCAGAGCUCUCCGAAGGCUGUCCGGGAGCAGGACCCCGGCGCUGUCCGCGAGGCGGCGACCCAGCAGGACCCCGGCGCUGUCCGGGAGGCGGCGACCCAGCGUUCCCCCGGCGCUGUCCGGGAGGCGGCGACCCAGCAGGACCCCGGCGCUGUCCGCGAGGCGGCGACCCAGCAGGACCCCGGCGCGGUCGGCGAGGCGGCAACCCAGCGCUCCCUGGAUGCUACCUAG